AUGAUACUUUCAUUGAUAUCUCUCGCUGCUGAGUUUCGAAACUUUUCUCACUUUUCAUUUAUCAGUUGGCUCGUGCUUAUUGUUGUCACUACAGUGGGUCUUUUGGUCAGAAAUAUCCUGUUGGCUCUCUUCGUGGUGUUUCACUAUCAUGCUCCAUUCGAUAUGUUUAUCUUGCAACUCAUCUUGGCCGUUUUAAACAUAAUUGCACUACUCAUGGUUCUUUUAGAUGCUUCCAUUCAUCAAGACUUUCCAGUGAAAACUGACCUUUCAUUAUCCAAAACCCUCACCUUCUCAUCUUUAUCUGGAAUGGAGCUUGUCCCUUCACCUUUUGAUUCCACAGCCCCACCAACUGUAGAUGUGAUUAAAAGUCUGUCCUCCAAUGAGGAAAGGGUCCAUUACUAUGGCCGAAUUCAUCUUCCAACACCUAAUCGAUCACGAUUUACAGAGGAUACCAUAGAUACUUUGAGUGCGAGAACAGAUGUGAAAGCAGAGUUAAAAUGUACUGAAGUGUCCACAGAGGUGGCUAGAAAUGAGAAAUCGGAAGAAGUAGACAUAGAAGUGGUAGAUACAGUUGAUAACACUGACAGAGUAGUAUCGGAAAUUGGAGCAGAUUCCGUGAAAGUACCAAGUGUGAAAGUUUACCUGGAAACACAUUACGAACCAGAUGAUGUACCAGUUGAUACGGGAAUAAUAAAACCUGAAGUGAGCCAAUCUCCUCGAGUCAUGAAUAAUCAUUCAUCAACCUCGCAAGUACCAGAGUCAGCAAAAGCUUAUGUCUCUACUAUCAAUGAUUAG